AUGGCUUCUCUGAUCAAAUGGGCCAAGGUAGUAUUUAGAAGAGCCCCUUCACCUCCUCUUCGCUUUCCAACUAGCGGGUUUGAAACAAUCAGCCCAUCGCAAACCCUCGAAGAAGAACGGUUUGAAGGGUUCAAAAAGGGGCACUAUUAUCCUCUUAACAUUGGCGAUAUCCUGCGACAGAAGUAUCAGAUUAUCGGUAAACUUGGAUUUGGUGUCACUUCCACAGUAUGGCUCGCUCAUGAUCUCGAGGGGCAUCGAUAUGUUACAUUGAAGCUUUAUACACGCGAUGAAAGUAAUAAAGAAGAGUUUGAAAUCUAUAAGCAUCUUAACAAUGGCAAUAUAUCACAUCCUGGCUAUAGCCACGUGAGAACUGCAUUAGACAGAUUCACGAUUCCGCACCUUGGAAACCGCCACCACUGUCUUGUCCAGAAACCUAUGUGGGAGAGUUUCGAAGAUCUCCUCUAUCGUAACCCAUCCCAUCGCUUUACGGAAGAUCUUCUUAGGGCUGGGCUUAAGCAAGUCUUUCUCGUGCUUGAUUAUCUCCAUACGGAAUGCAAGCUAGUCCAUACAGCAGAUAUCAAGAGCGAUAAUAUCCUUCAGGAAAUAGAAGAUCUGUCUAUUCUAGAUAGCUUUUCCAAAGCCGAGAUGGAGCACCCCUCACCGCGAAAAUUCGUUAAUGAUAUGCCAGUUUACGCUUCUCGACGGUUUGAUCUGCCUAGGUUUUUCGGCUUGGCGGUUCUUAGUGAUUUCGGUUCCGCUGUGCAAGGAGACGAAAAAAGAAACCAUAAUGCUCAGCCCAAUGUUUAUAGAGCACCGGAAGUCAUGUUAAAGGCGGAAUGGAGCUAUCCGAUUGAUAUAUGGAACGUUGGUGUUAUGGCGUGGGACCUAUUUGAGGGCAAGCUCUUAUUUGUUGGCGACGAUCCCGAUGGGAAAGGGUAUUCCACGCGUGCGCAUCUUGCCGAAGUUAUCGCGAUUCUGGGCCCGCCUCCUUUGACUUUAAUCAGGCGUGGGACACGAAGCCCUGAGUUCUUCACUGAAGAUGGGCAUUGGAGAAAUGAUCUUGAGAUCCCGAAAGAUGCAUCCUUGCACAAUUCAGAACAAUUUCUUAGUGGCCGAAAUAAAGAGAUGUUCUUGGAAUUCAUGAAGGGGAUGCUUCAAUGGAAACCAGAAGAUAGAAAAACGGCCAAGGAACUAUUACAGGACCCUUGGCUAAAUGGCUGUUCGAACUAG